AAUCUUAUCCAUUUAUCUUUUUUUCCCCUUCUAUUGUAUUUGACAAUUUGUUGAUGGGGUUGAUUUUACAAAAAUUUUUCAAUGUAUUUGUAAUUUUUAUUAAUUUAAUUUAAAAAAGUUGUAUAAAAUAAUAAACAAAAGGCAUACGAAGUACCAUCAAUUAUUGUCCAAAGGGAUAUAGAAAUGUUGAAUUAAGAUUUGAUUUGCAUUAUAAAAAUGACACCGAAAAUGUUGUGGCAUUGCAGCCAGUUGAGAGCUUUUCUAACAGUUUUCAUCGUGCUAGUUAGCGCCUCAACAUUAUUCGCCUGGCGCAGAGCGGAUUCUUCCCGUGUUCUAGAGUUGACAGAUCGUUUUAUUGACGUACGACAUGAAGGUCAAUGGCUGGUUAUGUUUUAUGCACCAUGGUGUGGUUAUUGUAAACGAACUGAACCAAUUUUUGGAUUGGUGGCCCAAGCACUGCAUGCCACAAAUGUCAGAGUAGGUCGGUUGGAUUGCACCAAAUAUCCAGCCGCAGCUAGGGAGUUUAAAAUACGUUCUUAUCCCACUAUUAUGUUCAUAAAAGGUAAUAUGGAGUUUACUUACCACGGCGAUCGAAGCCGCGAUGAGCUUGUAGAUUAUGCUUUAAGAAUGAGCGGACCUCCCGUACAAUUAGUUACACGCACCGAAAGUGUAGACAUGCUCAAGGGCUCCCAUACCAUAUUCUUUAUGUUUGUGGGCUUGCAAGAGGGUAUCGUUUGGGAGACUUAUUACGCAGCAGCUGAAAAUUAUCAGGAACAUGGUUUCUUUUAUGCCACUACUGAAGAUAUAGCUGCUCAUCAUUUCGAUUUUGAACAUCCACCGGCGGUCAUCGUUUAUAAAGAGGAGCAGCAUCACUUUUAUCCAUGUGCCCAUCGAGCUCAUGAGAUGGAUCCCUUCGAGGUUAACGAAACUAUACACCACUGGGUUAAUGUAGAACGUUUUGUAAGCUUCCCUAAAAUCACACGUUUCAAUAUACACCAAUUAUUGAAAACUAAAAAGAAUUUAGUUGUUGCGGUGGUAGAAGAGGACAAACUGAAUCAAGUGGCCACACACGAAUUGGAGUUUAGAGACAUGGUAGAAGGCGUAAUACGUAAACAUAGAGAACGUUAUCACGAAAAAUUUCAAUUCGGUUGGAUUGGAGAUCCCAGUAUAGCCCAUUCCAUCAUUAUGGAUCAACUGCCUACGCCGCAUCUAAUUGUAAUUAAUUCUACUACGCAACAUCAUUAUUUACCUGACGAUGAUCCCUUACAAAUGACACCACAGGCUUUACAUAUGUUUCUGGAAGCAAUUCAUAAUGAAAGUGCUAUCGCUUUGGGUGGUGACACCUAUCUAGUACGAGUUAAUAGAGCUUUAUUCGAAUUGAAAAAGUCUCUCAUUGAAAUGUGGCGCGGUAAUCCGGUCCUUACCACAGUUAUUUUUGGUUUACCUUUAGGGUUUCUUUCUUUAAUUUUAUACUCGAUUUUCUGUGGGGAUUGUAUGGUGAUCGAAGACGAAGACGAAGAUGACCAUGAAAAGAAGGAAUAAAUCGUAAAAUUUAGUAUAACAGUAGGUGCAGUUUGCCUAGAUAUUCAUUUCAAAGAUGAUGAUACAUUCUAUGCCAAAAAUAGCUUAGUCCAAAUUUACAGACUUUUGUAAGCUUACGAAUUAAGUUCAUUGUAAUAAUCUUGUAUUUUCUAUUUGUUCUCGUUUUUUUUUUUCUUUUUUUUUGUUCAAA